GCUUACGCGGGCUGCGUGACAGGUGAGCGCGAGGCGCGGCUGGCGUCGUCAUGAGGAAGUUGUGAGGCGGCGCUCGGCCUGGGCCGGGCUGGCCGAGGCGGGGCCCAGGGGUGGCGCCGACGCUGCCUCGUCAUCGUCGGGAGAUGACCGGGAAGCGACGUCCGGAAGGAGGAGGAGGCGGAGCCGCGCCGGCGGAGGGGACCCGGCUCUCGGGCAGGAGCCGAAAGUGAAGUCAGCAGCCCGCGAGGGCUCGGCGGGGGGCGUCUGCGAGCGCGAGGCGCGGCGGGGGCCGAGCCGGAAGUCCUGUCUCAUCCUGCCCUCCCUCCCCGGGGGGCCGCGCGGCCAUGGACGCCGCGGCGCUGGAGCGGGACGCAGUGCACUUCGCUCAGCUGGCGGUGCAGAGGGACCAGGGAGGCCGCUACCAGGAGGCGGUGUUCUACUACAAGGAAGCUGCACAAGCCUUAAUUUAUGCUGGGAUGGCAGGAUCAAGCCUAGAAAACAUUCAAGAUAAAAUAAAUGAAUAUUUGGAAAGAGUUCAAGCUCUUUAUUCAGCAGUUCAGUCACAAAACUCUGACCCUUUGAAGCCAAAACAGCAACUGGAUUUGGAACGUGCCCGCUUCCUAGUGACACAGGCUUUUGAUGAAGAUGAUAAAGGCAAUGCUGAAGAAGCUAUAGAACUAUACACAGAAGCAGUGGAUCUCUGUCUGAAAACAUCUAAUGAAACUUCUGAUCAGUCCUUGCAAAGUAAACUGAAACUGUUGGCUCGACAAGCACUGGAUAGAGCAGAAGCAUUGAAAGAAUCUAUGUCAAAGCCAUCUCAAAAGGACAAACCAACUGUAGUUAAAUCAAAUCAACCAGUCAGAACAUUUUUUCCACUGGGACCUGAUUUUUCCUUGAGUGAUAAACCUCAGACAGUUAGAACUGUGCAGUCAAGUGAACCACAGGGGCAGAGAUACACAUCAGAAGAAAUAGAAGUGCUCAGAAAGACAUCUAAAAUAAAUGGUAUUGAGUAUGUUCCUUUCAUGAAUGUUGACUUGAGAGAACGCUUUGCCUUUCCUGUGCCAUUUUCUGAUAAAUGUGGUAAGCUACCAUUAUCACCAAAACAAAAGGCAAUAUUUUCUAGAUGGGUACGGCCAGAUGAUCUCACCAACAAUCCUACAAUGAUCUAUACUGUAUCCAGCUUCAGCAUAAAGCAGACAAUAGUAUCAGAUUGUUCCUUCGUGGCAUCACUAGCUAUCAGUGCAGCUUAUGAGAGACGGUAUAAUAAGAAAUUAAUUACAAGCAUAAUUUAUCCUCAAAAUAAGAAAGGUGAACCAGAGUAUAAUCCAUGUGGAAAAUACAUGGUAAAACUUCACAUUAACGGUGUUCCAAGAAAAGUGAUAAUAGAUGACCAGUUACCAGUUGAUCGAAAUGGAGAACUACUCUGCUCUUACUCUAACAACAAAAGUGAAUUGUGGGUCUCUCUCAUAGAAAAGGCAUACAUGAAAGUCAUGGGAGGAUAUGAUUUUCCAGGAUCCAAUUCAAACAUUGAUCUCCAUGCACUUACUGGGUGGAUUCCAGAAAGGAUUGCUAUGCAUUCAGAUAGUCAAAAUUUCAAUAAAGAGAACUCUUUCAGAAUGCUUUACCAAAGAUUUCACAAAGGGGAUGUUCUUAUCACCACAGCUACUGGAGUGAUGUCUGAAGAGGAAGGAGAGAAGUGGGGCUUGGUGCCUACACAUGCAUAUGCUGUUUUGGAUAUUAGAGAACACAAGGGUCUGCAAUUUAUCCAGUUGAAAAACCCCUGGAGUCAUUUACGUUGGAAAGGAAGAUACAGUGAAAAUGAUUUGAGAAACUGGACUCCUGAGUUACAAAAAUACUUAAAUUUUGAUCCAAGAACAGCCCAGAAAAUAGAUAAUGGUAUUUUCUGGAUCUCUUGGGAGGAUCUGUGCCAAUAUUUUGAUGUGAUUUAUUUGAGUUGGAACCCAAGUCUUUUUAGAGAAUCAACAUGUAUUCACAGUACUUGGGAUGCUAAGCAUGGGCCUGUGAAAGAUGUGUACAGCCUGGCAAACAAUCCCCAAUAUAAACUGGAAGUUCACUGUCCACAAGGUGGCGCUGCGGUCUGGGUUCUGCUUAGUAGACACAUAACUGACAAGGAUGAUUUUGCAAACAAUCGAGAAUUUAUCACAAUGGUAGUAUAUAAGAGUGAUGGGAAAAGAAUUUACUACCCAGCUGACCCACCUCCAUAUAUUGAUGGAAUUCGUAUCAAUAGCCCCCACUAUUUAACCAAGAUAAAGCUGACAACUCCAGGGACUCACACCUUUACGCUAGUGGUGUCUCAGUACGAGAAACAGAACACGAUCCACUACACGGUCAGGGUGUAUUCAGCAUGUAAAUUUACUUUUUCAAAGAUUCCUACCCCAUAUAUUGUAUCAAAAAGGAUUAACGGACAGUGGAAAGGUCAGAGUGCUGGAGGAUGUGGGAACUUCAGGGAUUCCCACAGAAAUAACCCCAUCUACCAGUUCCAGCUAGAAAAGGCUGGGCCACUGCUGAUGGAGCUAAGAGGACCAAGGCAAUACAGUGUUGGAUUUGAACUUAUCACGGUGUCGGCGGUAGGAGAUCCUGGCUCUUCAGGCUUUCAGAAGAAGAGCAGUGGUGAUUAUAGAUGUGGAUUCUGUUACCUUGAAGUGGAAAAUGUCCCUGCUGGAAUCUACAAUGUCAUCCCUAGCACCUUUUUGCCUAAACAAGAAGGCCCCUUUUUCUUGGACUUCAAUAGUGUUAUCCCUAUCAAGGUAACACAACUUCAGUGACCGAGAAAGCACUGCAGUAUAUACUGGACUUGACUCAGUGGCAUCCACCAAAUAUGAACUGUUCUGUUUCUACAAGAAUGUAAGUUUACAGAUGAACUUGUCGUGUCAGACUGUAUGUCUUAGGAUACUGUUUACUAAAAUGAAUCAUGUCUCAUCUUUAGACUUGUAAUUAUUUACUUUAUUUAUGACUGAGGGUUUUGUCGCUUAGGUGUUAUCUAGGAAUAAACUGUUUUGGAAGCUUUAAGAGAUGUUGGUAAACUUAGCAUGAAAAUACCUGACUGUGCAAAUUCUUUAAGUUAGGGACGUAUCUCAUACGAAAUCAUGUAGUUAGAAAGAUGGGAAUAUUUUGCCUAUUCCAGCUUUGUGGUUCAUCUUGUAUCAAAUUUGAAAAUGUCAAGGUCCUCUGAGAUGAUGAUAUUACAACUUAGUUUUUUACACUCUUUUCUACUCACUUUGAUGCUUUUUAGUUCUGUCUCUUAUGGAAAACAGCACUUUGAAGAAAAUGCAAUUGAGAGCUUAAAUAAAAGUUGAUGUGAUUAUUUUGAUGCAAGAAGAAUGAAUUUUCCAGUCA